AUGAGUUUUAAACUUGUCGAACUGCUGAGUGAUCAGCACAACCCGAAUUUGGACAUCGUGGAUCUAAUUCUUUCCAACCUUGGGAUCGCUGGCAUUUUCGCGUUGCAUGCAACAUGCCGACGUUUACGCUGGGUAGUUCGUCACAUGACGGAAUCACCGUACCUUCUCCACAUCAAUAAGAAGCUCGAGAGAUACUUCGAUGAUCCCGCUAGCUUCAGAUACCAGCUCGGUAAAUGCAAUGGCCUUAUCACAGGGGACUUUGUACGGAGUUUCUUGACCUUUAGCAGCCCAACUAGUUCAACACUAGACAUCGUCGCUAAAGGAGGGCCGAAUAUAGAUGCUUUGAUGAGGUACCUGCAGAGAGAUGAGGGUUAUAUACGGGACUGGCAAGGGGAUACGCCCUUAGAUGACGACGACAACGACUACGACGACGACGACGACGACGAUUAUACGCUAUCAUAUGGGUUCAUAAUUCUUAGGCGAAGAGAGCCCUUCGACAUGAGCGUCCGUAUCAAAUUAGGCAGUCCUAUCUUCGAAAUCAUCAACAAUGCUGAUACGUCGGCUGAUUUGAUGUUUAUUUCUUGGAACAAGGUUUAUUGUCUAUUCCCAUUGCCUACCAUCAAACGACAUAAGUUCUUCGCCCUGAGACCUUUUGAUCGCAGCGUGGGCGACACACUGCGGGAAUAUGCAGCCGCUGGUUGGACAACACGAGACCUAGUACGGCCUCACGAAGCUCCUGAACUCAUCCCUCGAGAAGCACUACAACAGAUCGGUGGACAGAGGUCGCUCAUUAUAGACCUUACCGGUUCCCCAAUAGGGAAGUUCACUCCAGAUUAUGUUCUUGAGAGCGGCGUGUUUUCAAUAAACUGGACGCCAGGCAAUUUCGAUGGCCAUCCCAUCCUAAGUGUUGGCGUACAUCAGUCGUUCACGAGAGUGGCACUGCGAUACAUCCAUACCACCGGGCUCUCAGGCAUAGCGCAGCAAUCAUGGAACGAGUUUUUGCAAACAAAAUUGAGAUUAUGGGUAUAUAUCGAGGAUCUCAAGACAUAUCCCGUCGACACGCCUACUUGCAACCACUUGAUCGUCUGGUACAAGUGUCACAUGUGUGUCCGAGCACGGAUGCCGUCUACUUGGGACUACGCGGAUGACCAGAUAUCUACAUGGUUUCAAGAGUGGAGGAGAAGGGAGACAGGUCUGGUCCUGCUACCUCCGGCUCCCGUGAUGAACCGAAGAUUCUCAUUCGGAGUGUCUAGCCUUCUGUGA